AUGAGUGGUAUGAGCACGGCGGACCGCGAUCUUUCGCGCAGGGCUCACGGGCUGAAUGGGCUCACACCUGCAUCUUCCAGCUCCUCGUCGCAGACUGGGGGCCCGUGGAAAUCAAACCCGACGCCCAUCCCACUGCCCGGCAACCUUGGUCGAACUACUGGGCCCUCCUUCGUCACCAGUCCCUUCACUCCUGGGCGUAUGGGCAAUAACCUCCACACUUCUCGUCGAGCUGGCGCGUUUGGCAACCACACCGCGCGAUCGACUGUGUUCCCCCCGGCGGUGCUCAUCCGCACGCCCCUCCUGCCAACAAGCGACCGAAGACAAAUGUCACUGGUUCUUUCGCUCAUGCUCGAGCAGGAGACACGGAAGGAGGUCAACAAAGGGAGUUCGCAACGCAGCUUGAGUCAGUGGAAUGACGACGAGGUCAUCGAUAUCAUCGGCGAGGACGAUAGCUACAAGGCUCCGCACAUAGAGCAUUUGACAUCCGAGACCCGUAGGGAUGGCUCAGAAGAGAGCUCUGAUCCUUUGGACUGUAUCCCGAAACCACUCACGACUUCACAUCAUAACCACCGCAACGAUCACAGCGAAUCUCAACGGUCUGGGAUUAGCAAUCAGUCAGCACCACGUCUCCCCAUGGAUGGCGACGCGACCCUCCGUUUGAGAAAACGCUUGGAGGAUUCUCGCCAGGACGAGAAAGCAGAAGAUCCUGGUGGGGAUCACGAUGAGAAUGGAGCUGACUCGAUCGAGAGCUUUUCCGACGAGCCCCUUCGGUCGCUGUCCUCUGGACCAAAGCCUCGUCCAGGUUCCGUGCAAGACCUCAUCUUGAAGUACCAACCAAUACCAAUGGACAAGCAACCGAUACCGAACCGCGCACCCAAUCGCCCACCGAAGAACAAUCGCAACGCAGAAAGCAUACGGACCGUGGACUUCUCCAAUCAGCCGAAGGCAAGCAGAAAGGACGCGAUGAAGCCCAAGCAAGGCGCGCCAAAGCAAGGUACACCACCGCGUGUCACGUUUGGUAGAUCAGACGAUCCUCUUGCAGCAUCAUCUGGUUUCGAGGCGGCGUCGUCCAGAUGGUCCACACAGACAGCGAAAGCCGGAAUGUCUACGAGAAGCCGUAAGAAGACUGCGGGCAUCCCAACUAAAUCUUUCUGCCUACCACUGGAGGGCUUCUCCUGGGGUUGUACUGUCUGCGAAGACGACGUCGACAUCCUGCAUCCACUAUAUUGGUUCACUUGGGAAACGAGCAGCGAUCGCUUGUGCAUCCGUAAGCGUUGCGGCAAAGAGUCCCCUUGGAAUGCGGAAAUGCAGCAUGUGCUGCGAAUAGAUUUUAGUGCAUGGACGUACACGGAUAUACCGUUCAGAGACGACCUCCCAUUGGUCGUCUCUUUCAAGGUUCCAGAGUCUCGAGUGAAUAAAGCAGACGAGAGCCUCAAGUUCAGGCCUGGAUCGAAUGGCGGUGAUGGGAUGGUAACACUGAAAUUUAUGGCCGUCUAUCCGGACACUCGAGAGAACUAUUCUGUGCUCAUUACAUGCUUGAAGGCGGCGAUCUCAUAUACAAAUACAGAUACAAAUCACGUAGAUGGGCACGGUGCUAGGGCGAAGUGGGCACAAGUACAGUCUACAGCUGAGAUAGCGUGGAAUGAUUUGGAAUCCUCAUCUCGCGCAUCUUCGUCUGGUCGGUUAGUCCGAUCCAAACAGAAUGGUUCUUCCAAACAGCAAGGGGACAUAUCGACCAUGAUAUCGAACCAAGGCAUGAAGACGAGAUCUACGGCCAGACCUACUGCCAAGGGAGCCACUUCGGAGUCAGACGUUGAAGCACGACGAUCAGCGCGUCUCAACACUGAUCCGAGUCCUUCGCCUGGUCCCGACGAGUUGAUCUUGGUGUAUCCGCCGGCGGGCGCUGGCGCGAUCAACGUCAACAAGAGUGACCUAAAGCGACUGGACGACGGCUGCUACCUGAAUGACACUCUCAUAGAGUUUGGCUUGAAAUUGUGGCUAGCUGAUCUCAAAGACAAGAAUCCCACCUUCGCGGAACAAGUCCACGUUUUCAGCUCCUUCUUCUAUAAAAAACUAAACGUCAAGGGCAAGGGCAAAGACGAAGGGUACCAGAGCGUGCGGAAGUGGACAUCGAAGAUAGAUCUAUUCCAGAAGAAAUACAUUGUCGUCCCAAUCAAUGAGCAUUUUCAUUGGUAUCUCGCUAUCAUAUGCAACCCAGAACAUGUCCUGUUGCCGCCGCUCCCAUCUCCUCCAAAGCCAAAGCCAAUGACUCGGAAACGCAAACGCGACUCAGAUGUUACCGACGUACAGGCCACGACGGACUCAACAACCGCUGAGGCCGCCAAUGCGCAGGAUAUGGAGAUCGUACCAGAUUCACAUCCACCCUCCCCUGCCAUCCCUGUUGUAGAUAGUGGCGGCGAGGAUGAGGUGGAGGACUUUUUGCUGGGGCCUCAGGAGUCUGUUGCAGAUGCGGACGAGUCACGACCACCUUCGGCCAUGGGAGAUGAUCCUCAGGUCGAUCGCUUUGACCAGUUGAACAAUAUCGAACUGGAGUACCCUCGUUCGUCUAGCGCUCCCCCUAUGGAGGUGGACGAGCCACCAUCAGCUCAGCCCGUCGAUAUGGUCAUCGCAGAUGAUGAUAUCUCGAUGGAUCCUUCAAGCUUUUAUGACAUUAUCUGCGAUGCCGUUGCAGAGACCACGGGAGUGCUCAGUAUAGAGGAGGAUGACCACAACAGGGUAAACUCUUUACAGUCUGGAGAGACCGCGCACAUUUUGUUCUUUGACUCGCUCGGAAGCAAGCACCCGCAGGCAAGACAGGUGCUCGCCAACUACCUUCAACUCGAGGCGAAAGACAAGAAAGGCGUCGAGCAGUCUCGGCUAGCUCAGGGCAAGUUUGCAUUCGUUCCCAGUCAACCUAACUAUUGCGACUGUGGUGUCUACGUUCUCCACUUCAUGCGGGUCUUUAUGGAGAACCCCGAGUUCUACACCAACCUCAUUUUGUCACAGAAGAGUAGAGGUUAUGGACCAGAUCAGCGCAAAGCCGAUUGGAAAGGGGACGAAGUCAAGACUCUUCGCAAAGAGUUACGCGAGCGUAUUGUAUCUAUGAGCGAUGUUUGGAAGGCCGACCGACAAGCCAGGGAGGAAGCCCGCAAGAAGGAAGCCUCCAGUGCCUCCGACACGGCGUCAGGCGGACCCGAGCCAGAUGUGAUCGAUGAGUCGGAUGUCGAGGUGGUCAUCGAGGACACGGCCACAUCGUCGAAACCUGGGCGGCGAGGAUAA